AUGAGGAGGACGCACACGCUGACAGAGACUGCAGCAGCUGCACUCUGCUCUGUGUCCACUAGGUCUCAGUGUUGGAGAGUGUACCUGUGCUCUCCAGAACAGUGGGUUGUGUACCUGUGCGCUCCAGAACAGUGGGUUGUGUACCUGUGCUCUCCAGAACAGUGGGUUGUGUACCUGUGCUCUCCAGAACAGUGGGUUGUGUACCUGUGCGCUCCAGAACAGUGGGUUGUGUACCUGUGCUCUCCAGAACAGUGGGUUGUGUACCUGUGCUCUCCAGAACAAUGGGUUGUGUACCUGUGCUCUCCAGAACAGUGGGUUGUGUACCUGUGCUCUCCAGAACAAUGGGUUGUGUACCUGUGCUCUCCGGAGACGGUCCUGCACUUCUGA